GAUGAGGCUGUUCUCGUUGGGAACGUUCUCCAUUUCCUCUGCUUCUUUUCCCCCACGCGCCCUCCUGCUCCACUUCUCUCAAUUUUCUACUGCUUAUUCUUCCACCAAUUACUCUUUCCAUUCCUCAUCUUCUUCGAGACGGCGCGACGAAGAGUCUCGGAACGUGAAGGUUUCAGUCUGGUGGGACUUCGAGAACUGCAAUGUACCCGUGGGCGCGAACGUCUUCAAAGCCGCACAUUUGAUUACUGCUGCUGUCAGGGCCAAUGGCAUCAAAGGUCCAGUUCAUAUUACUGCUUUUGGUGACAUUUUUCAGCUUUCUAGAGCGAACCAGGAGGCACUCUCAUCUACUGGGAUUAGCCUUACCCACAUUCCUCAAGGUGGGAAAAACAGUGCUGAUAGGUCUUUUCUUUUAGAUCUUAUGUAUUGGGUUUCUCAAAAUCCUCCACCAGCGCAUAUAUUUCUAAUCUCUGGUGACAGGGACUUUGCCAACACUUUACACCGCUUAAGAAUGAACAAUUACAAUGUGUUGCUAGCAAGCCCUGCAAGUGCUCCCAGUGUUUUAUGUAGUGCUGCAAGCAUCAUGUGGCAUUGGAAUACUUUGAUUCGAGGGGAAAAUCUAGUCGGGAAGCAUUUGAAUCAACCACCCGAUGGUCCUUAUGGUUCUUGGUAUGGCCAUUACAAUGUUCCUCUCGAAGAUCCAUUUCGAAUUAACGAGCAACCGUCUUCUUCACGAGUUGACGAGGUUUCUGAGCCCAGUUCAGAUCCAAAUGCGCACCCCAUUUCAAAGACAGUCAUUAAGCAAAUACGUUGCAUUAUGAAAUUGUAUCCCAAAGGAAUCCCCAUUACAAAACUCCGCUCAGAAUUGAGAAUGAGUAAUAUAUCUAUCAAAAAGUUUGCGCAGUUUCUUUUGUCGGUGCCGCACAUAAAGCUUCGAACAAAUAGUGAUGGCCAAUGUAUUGUGCGUCUUGCGACUCCAAGGGCCAUAGAGCCAUUCGAGUCGAGUAGAGGUAUAUCUGGUAAUGACACUGAAGAUCAGCAGCCUAAUGUGAUAGCAAAGUUAAACAAUAAUGGUUCCUCCAUAGAAGGAACGAGUGUUCCUGAACAAAAUGCCGAAGACAGACCAAUGAAGGUGGAACAGUCUUCUGAAUUGGGAAUGUCUAUUGGUGAAGCUAUGGAAGCUAAACCAUCAAUAGUUGUAGAAGAUUCGAAGCAGACUAGUAGAGUUGAAGGUGACAGUAAUAUGCCCUCUUCAAUUGCACAACAUUCUGAGGGCGAGUCAGGAUUUUUCCGAAGAAUAUGGAAAAGGUUUUUAGGCAGUUAUGAACACAAUUCUUCUGAGAAUGGAAGUCAUUAUAUUUCUGGAAAAUGUUCUACAUCGGAUGAUGCUCCUAAGCCGAAAACUGAAGGAAAAAGUGUGAAGCCAAUGACUCAAGAUGUGAGUUUAGCUGAUCGCGAGUUGCUUCAGAAAACAGCUAUAGUUUCUAGUUUAUAUGACAAUAAAUCUAGUUCUAAUCCAGGAUUACUUGGUAGCAUUAGAAAAUUGUUCAAUUUUUGGAGAAAUGACACGAACAAUGGCAAAGUCAGUGAGGAAUGCUAUGAACAGAACCCGUUAAGGACUCAUUCUGGCAAACAUUUACUUCUUUCCAGAAAUUCUUUUUGGCAGGAGAUGCAAUCCUUUAUGGAAACACCUAACGGAGUUGAGCUCGUUUCUCGGUCGAAAACCAGGUUGGAGAUGGCUCAAAAUCUCCUUGAGGAAGGACCUUCAGCUCUUAAAUCUCUGAGCAAUAAUGAUCUCCUCGACUUUUUGGAACUCUUAAUAUCAGAUAAGAAAUGGGUCGAGGAAUGCCCCUCUGAAACAAGUCCUUUUAAGCUCACUCUUCCGACUGCUGGUAAAAGCUCUUGCACGAAACCCGUGCACCAUUCGAACGGGCUGACAUCAAUCUUUCUUAACAAAGGGUCAAAGCGCACCUUGCAUGGACCACAAGAACAUGAUUCAGAUUCAGAUUCAGAUAAGAAAAAUGAAAACAUUCCCCAAGUUGGAGUUUCUACAAGUAUGACCGAAACCAAGCUUCUGGAGAGGACAAGAACUGAGAUAUUAGGCGAUUGUCAAAAGCUAGUGGACGAGAUCUUGAGCGAGCACCCAAAAGGAUACAAUAUGGGGGGCUUUAAAAGACUGUUUGUCGAGAAGUACGGGUAUCAUCUUGAUUUUCAGAAGCUUGGUUACCAAAAGUUGGCAUCCUUGCUACAGAUAAUUCCUGGAGUGACAAUAGCAUCCACCAAUAUAGUUCCCACCAGUAAGGCCCCAAACGUUUCAAACCUGGAAACUGUUCUUCCCAGUGAUCCGGAAAAGAAGUCGUCCCAUGCUGCAGCAAACUCUGAUAAUGAAUCAUCUAACCCGCAUAGAAAGGAUGAUGAUUUUGAGUCGACGUGGGAAGAAUUAGGUCCAGCCUGCACAAGUUGCAGCAGAAAUGAAGAAGAAUCGACGAGUAGUGAAGCGGUGGAAGCAACCAAGAAGCGACCAAAUUUUGAUUACAAACCUGUCGUUUCAGAGGAUGAAUUAACAGAAUCUGAUGGAGAGUCUUGUCCUACUACUACAUGGAGAUCAACAAACGAGGAAGAAAGCUCAUUGUUACAAAUCCUUGAUUCUUGGUAUAGCAGCAAGGAAGAAAAUAGAAGGAAAGACGAGUUGGAAAAUGCUAACGAGACGAUCGAUUGUUCGGAAAGUAGUUUGAAGCUUUUCUAGUUUAUCUGCCAAAAGUGAAAGAAGUGCAGAAAGCUUUGGUAAAAAGCAAAGACACCAAAAGACCUAUUCUUUUGUCUCAGACACGGAUGAAAAUGACAAGGAAAAGCUGAUUGAUGGAAUUUUAGGUAGUUUAAAGAAACCGAGCCAGUCGCGAAUGCAUAACUGAAUUGGUUCAGGUAGAGAAGAUAUGAGAUACAUUGAUUCAUUGAAUUUUUUGAAUGCUUGAAAGCUAACUUUAGAUGCCUUAGAUUUGAAGCUUACUUUAGUUAUAGGGACCUUUUUUUCUUUUUUCUUUUUGCAGAUGUAUGUUAAUAUAAAUUUUGAUGUGUUGAUUUUUUGCUGUCUUUCAAA